AUGGAUGGUACCGAUGGUUUAGUUAGAGGUGCUCCAGUUAACGAUACCGGUGCUCCAAUUUCUGUUCCUGUUGGUCGUGAAACCUUAGGUCGUAUUAUCAACGUUAUUGGUGAACCAAUUGAUGAAAGAGGCCCAAUCAAGACCAAACAAAAGAACCCAAUUCACGCUGAUCCACCUUCGUUCGUCGAACAAUCUACUUCUUCCGAAGUUUUAGAAACCGGUAUUAAGGUUGUCGAUUUAUUAGCCCCAUACGCCAGAGGUGGUAAGAUUGGUUUAUUCGGUGGUGCCGGUGUCGGUAAAACCGUUUUCAUUCAAGAAUUGAUUAACAAUAUUGCUAAGGCCCAUGGUGGUUUCUCUGUUUUCGCCGGUGUCGGUGAACGUACCAGAGAAGGUAACGAUUUAUACCGUGAAAUGCAAGAAACUGGUGUUAUUAACCUUGAAGGUGAUUCUAAGGUCUCCUUAGUUUUCGGUCAAAUGAACGAACCACCAGGAGCUAGAGCUAGAGUUGCUUUAACCGGUUUAACUAUUGCCGAAUACUUCAGAGAUGAAGAAGGUCAAGAUGUCUUGUUAUUUAUUGAUAACAUUUACAGAUUCACCCAAGCUGGUUCCGAAGUCUCUGCUUUGUUAGGUCGUAUUCCAUCUGCUGUCGGUUAUCAACCAACUUUAGCCACUGAUAUGGGUUUAUUACAAGAACGUAUUACCACCACCAAGAAGGGUUCCGUUACUUCUGUCCAAGCCGUCUAUGUCCCAGCUGAUGAUUUAACCGAUCCAGCUCCAGCUACCACCUUCGCGCAUUUAGAUGCCACCACUGUCUUGUCUAGAGGUAUUUCCGAAUUAGGUAUUUACCCAGCUGUUGAUCCAUUAGAUUCCAAGUCUAGAUUGUUAGAUGUUGCUGUUGUCGGUAAGGAACAUUAUGACGUCGCUUCCGGUGUCCAACAAACUUUACAAGCUUACAAGUCUUUACAAGAUAUCAUUGCUAUUUUAGGUAUGGAUGAAUUAUCUGAACAAGAUAAGUUAACCGUCGAAAGAGCUCGUAAGAUCCAAAGAUUCUUGUCUCAACCAUUCGCUGUUGCUGAAGUUUUCACUGGUAUCCCAGGUAAAUUAGUUAGAUUACAAGAAACCGUCAAAUCUUUCAAGGAAGUCUUAGAUGGUAAGCAUGAUCACUUACCAGAAAAUGCUUUCUAUAUGGUUGGUGGUAUUGAAGAUGCCACUGCUAAAGCCGAAAAAUUAGCUGCUGAAUCUAAAUAA